CUUGAUUAUCUACCAUUCAACGAACGAUUCAACAACGUUUGCCCGGCAUUUCUGAGUGAGAAUUCAUAUACGCCAAGUAGAAGCGCUGGCUCUAACCCCAAUUUUUGGUUGAUGCGUUGUUCCAUGUGUUUUUGAAAGUGUUUCCCAGUUUCCGAGCCCUCCAGUUAAUUCCCUUCUGAAAAUUUUGUGCUCUGUGUGUGUGAAAGUGUGUGUAGUUUCGAGAGUUAAGUAUUGUUUGUGAGGAUUUUAGGAUCCAAAAGCUUGUGCUACGCAUUCGACUGCAACGAACUUACAAAUGUUUGGGGCAGAGGUAGCCAUGAAGCGAGAGGCUGACGGUGAUAUGGGAUCCCCACAAAAAAGAACUCGCAGAGGAGAUGAGGAAGUGCGUCUAUUAAUACCAAGCAAGGUUGCCGGUUCCAUUAUUGGUAAGGGAGGCUCGAACAUAACGAAACUCAGAAGCCAGUACAAAGCCUCCAUAACGGUCCCUGAUUGUCCGGGCCCUGAACGGAUUCUGACUCUAUCUUCGGACUUGGAUACCAUCUGCAAUAUAAUCAACGAUGUGGUACCUAACCUUGAGGAACAUUCGGGAUCAAGCUCGAAAGAAUUGGACUUACGUAUGCUGAUCCACAGAAGUCAGGCAGGAUGUGUAAUUGGCAAAAGCGGACAGAAAAUUAAAGAGAUCAGAGAGCAAACUGGAGCUCGAGUAAAAAUCUUCUCGAAUGCGGCACCACAAAGUACAGACAGGAUCAUUCAAAUUCAAGGACACCCAGACAAAUGCAUUGACACGGUUCGUGAGGUUAUCACCCUCAUAAAAGGAAGCCCCAUCAAAGGAGCGGUCAACAAUUAUGAUCCUCACAACUACGAUGACUUCUACGCCGAUGAGUAUGGCGGUUGGGGUGGAAACCAAAACGGAGGAAAUGAUAGACGAGGUGGCGGUGGAGGAGGUGGUAGUGGUGGCGGCGGAGGUGGUAGCUUCGGUGGCAGUGGCCGUGGAGGUGGUGGUGGUGGUAGAAGCAGCGAUAUGCGCGGCGGUGGCCCAUCCAGAAUGAGUAGUAAUAGAGGUCCACCACCAAGAGGGGGAAGAUUUAAUGAAAGAUCGUCCAGCGGUGGUCGCGAUAGCUUCGGAGGAAGAGGACGACAAUCUCUGAAUGGCAGUGGAAGUUUUAGAAGCAGCGAUAUUUGGGAAAGUCCCCUGAACGCCCCCAUGAACAGACCACCCCCAGGAGGUGGAAUGUUAGGAGGCAGCCCUAUACACAACGGACUUGGCAGCGGAAUAAGUGGUGGAAAGAACUCUACCCAAGUCACCAUUCCUAAAGACCUUGCUGGAGCUAUCAUUGGAAAGGGUGGUGGCCGUAUCAGAAAAAUCCGUCAGGAUUCAGGUGCAGGAAUUACCAUUGAUGAACCACUUCCAGGAUCGAAUGAUCGAAUUAUCACCAUCACUGGAUCACAAAACCAAAUUCAAAUGGCGCAAUACCUUCUACAGCAGAGCGUUCACAACAAUGCUCAAGAUAGGGGAAACUACUAAGGUGAUCUAAUGCCUGGCUGAACAUACACAAGUACCCAUCACUGUAGGAUUAUGUUUCUAGAAUACAUUCCAUAAGCCAAAAAAGGGCAUCAAAACGCCUUUGUACAUCUUGAAUGAAUAUUAAUUUUUUUUAACAUGCGUCUGGAAAAUGUUUCAGUUCAUUUUAUCUAGAAAUAUCACUACAGUUAUAUAUAUUUUUGGAAACAGUGUUAUUUUCAAUUAUUAUUCUUCUAUUAUCUACUAUCAUCUAUAUAUACAUAUGAUAUAAGAACCCUAUAUAUCUAGAAAAAUAAUAGUUUCAGGAAAAUUUUAAAUAAUUUUAUACUUGUCUUUUUUAGAGAGAAUGUGUUACAGCCUUAGUUUUGGGAACAAUUCAGUACAAAUUAAUUUUGUUGUUCCAUUUGAAGAAAUUACCAAAUAUUUUUAUAGAAUGUAAGGUAUUAGUGCUUAUAUACAGUUUUCUAGUGGAUAAAGGAUGAUAGAAUGACAACAUGUAUCUAAUUCGUUCAACAUUUAAACCAAUAAAGAAUAAAUUGCGUGA